AUGACUUCGACACAUCUUGAUCCUGAACCACCCAACCCGGAUGUAGCCAUCCCAAAACACCAUGUCCCAACAGAGCCCACAGAAUCUGCUGAGAAUUCUCCUUCUGCUGAUUCGAGCUUUUCCGAUGCUUACAAAGAGCAACCCGAGGUCGAGGAACAUAAAGAGAAUGAGGGCACCAAGCAGGGCUCCGAAGUCAGUGAUGACUAUGCCAUGACUUUUGAUUCUGAAGGAGAGGGACACGCAGAUAGUCAGGAUAUAUCACAGGCAAUCAUUGAGCCAAAGACGAAUUCUCCCCUUCUCACCGUGUCAGAGAUCGCUGAACCAUCUUCUUCUUCCUCCUCCGACCAAGAUACGACCAACGGGACCCAAAAUGGCCCAGCCACCGACCUACCCAAACCCAGUUCCUCCCCCUCCCAUCCUCCGAAUAACGAUACUCCGUCCACCAAUGCUGCAGAGAUCAACAUUGCAGAAACUCCAGAUACAUCUGCAGAGUCCAAGCCCCUCAUACAUGAUGAUGCCUCGAGCGAAGGAAUAGACAUUCAGCAGUUACUGGAUAAUAUCACAGCGAAUGCUGAAAGAAAGGAUUCUGCUAAUGCUGUUCAAUCUUUCAGCCCCACCGCUGCAACCAUUCCAAAGAGCGGUCCUGGUCUUCCAACUCAUUCCAGCCUUCCCCCACGACCAAAUGUGCCCCAGAAGCGCCAAUACGACGAUAUUCAAAAGUACUAUGGCACAGCUACGGGACUGCCCCAACCACCCAGCAGUUUCAGAUCGCCUAGUAUCUCAACCUCUCUCGUAGCUGCUGGCGCUCCAGGCACUUCAACUGAUCCUAGGGGUGGGCUUCCACCUCCUCCAACUGCCAGCUUUCCAGGCGCGUCAACUGAUCCUAGAGGUGUGCUCCCUUACCCCCCAAGUGCAAAUUUUCGGCCCCCCUUCCCCCCUCCUAGUCCCAUCAGCCCAGCUUCAUAUACACAGAUCAGUAGAUCAUCGGUUCAAGGCAACCAGGGCGAAGCUGAUGAUCUAGAUGCAAAAUGGGGUCCGGAGAUACAGAGAAUCUAUGACGACUUCCUUGAAAAUGAGCGCCAAUUCGUUACGGAAGGGUUAUGGGAUAGGUUCCCGAAUGGCUCUCGACUGUUUAUAGGUAACCUUCCAAGUGAGAAAGUCACUAAGCGAGACAUUUUUCAUGUUUUCCAUCCACAUGGCAAGAUUGCCCAGAUCUCAAUCAAACAAGCCUAUGGAUUUGUCCAAUUCUAUGACAGUACCGCCUGCUCUUCAGCUUUACAACGCGAACAAGGAUCAGAAAUUAGAGAACAGAAAAUCCAUCUUGAGAUUUCCAAACCCCAGAAGAACACACGUAACGCCCACGCAGCGUCGGGACGAAGAUCUCCUGAUCAUUCGAGAGGAGCCACGCAGGACCGAAAUGGCAGAUCAGGACAGGGCCGAGUCGACCGCUACGAACCCCGUGCAGCACCCCAAACCCGCGUUGACGAGUAUGGUCGCCCACUCCGUGUUCGUGAUGACUAUCGUCCAGCCAGAUCUCCUACACCUCCCCGAGGCAGUUAUCGUGGCCGAGAAGACUAUGGCGGUCGUGGAAGAGACUCAUACAAUGGCCGAGACAGACGCCGAAGCCGUUCCAGAUCCCCUCCUUAUGGUCAACGAGAGAUGGGACGGUAUCGAGAAAGAAGUAAGAGCCCCAGAAGUCGAGAACUGGACGAAGAUGCAAGCCUGCAGAUUCCACGAAGAGAUCCGAGAGAUGUUCCUGAUGUCCAGAUCAUCCUCGUGGAUCAAUUAGAUCGGAACUUCAUUUCAUGGGUUGAGAGUGAGAUGCGAGGGCGUGGUAUCAAGGUGGAGGUCAUGUUCCUCAGCCCUCGCUUCCCACUUCAAGCUGUUAUUCGAAGACAGAUUCUCGAAGGAGUCCACGCAGUCUCUAGGCUCGACAUGAGAUCACAAAGCACUAGCAAGAUUCCUUUGCAGGUAUUCGACCGUCAAGGAGGUGCAAACAAUGUCAGAUUUGACGAAUACCAAGAUCUUGACCCAAAGAUUGCAGCGGAACUUGUCCUUCGUGCAAAAACUACCCAAUCUCACGCACCCGCCCAAAAUGUGCCCUACGCUCCACCUCCCCAAUACGGCACUGGACAGCCAUACGAACAAUCCGUGGCUACCUCGGCAGUUCCUAAUCCGCCAAACUUUCUCAGUCAAAUAGACAAUGCAACCUUGCAACAGCUUCUGACCACCCUGAAUAUGCCCCAACAGAAUGCACCAGCUGCGGCUGCAAACUCUGCCAUUGAUCUUGCUGGUAUACUCGGUGGAUUGAGUGGGCAACCAAAACCAGUUCAGCAAUCCUACCAACAGGCUUCGACCGAUCCUUACGCGAAUAUUGCUGCAAACCCGGCACUGGCAUCGUUUCUUGCAAACGGUGGCGCUGCUCCACCUCCACAGUCGCAAUCCCAACCUCCCGAGCAGCAAUCGGCCCAGCAAGUCCAAAAUAUCAUGGCCCAGCUUGCCAGAUUCAGGAAAUGA